AUGUCUGCAAAUAAUGAUGCUUUUGUGGCUUGGGAAGAGCACAUUAUAUGCCAUGAACGUGGUAGCCGUGUGGUUCACUAUCACUUGAAGGAUUCAUUUGGGGAUUUAGUUCUUGCUGUUAUAGGGACUGAGAGGAGUAUAAGGCACAUGACAUAUGUAGUUUCCGAUGAGUUCUUGGAAGCCUAUGGGUCCAACGAGUCCAUCAAUGCGUCUACAAAAUGGAGAGCCCGACGAGAAGUUGUGGACUGGUUGACAUCAAUGGUGUCAAAUGAAGGAUCCCCUCUACAUGUUUCAAAUGCACAAAUUAAUGGCUCAGCUCAAGGUUCAGGAUCUUUUGGAGCUUCAGUGACUGGAUUUAAUGCUUCUAAAACCUAUUUGCCUGUUCGGAUGGCUCGAAGCAAAUUGAAAGUUCAGAAUUCACACAUUAAGUGGUCUGGUGUGGCAUGGAUAUGUGCUAAAGAACUCAAGCACUACCCAGCCUUUUUCAGGAGUGGGACUACCAUAACUGUUCAUUCCUUUGUAUUUAUAAUGGCUGAAGAAAAAAGCCGCUACCUUGGAUACCUGGAAGAUAUGUAUGAAGACAAGAAGGGGCAGAAAAAGGUAAAGGUGCGCUGGUUUCACCACAACCAGGAAGUUAAGGGUGUAAUUCCUCAACUGAAUCCGCACCCUCAAGAAGUUUUUAUCACACCUAAUGUUCAAGUGAUCAGUGCAGAGUAUAUUGACUGCCCAGCAACAGUCUUGACGCCCAGGCAUUAUGAGAAAUGUAUGGUUGUUGUUCCACAUACAUCAACAUCUGGUGUCCACAUGUGCUUUAGGCAAUUUAAAAACAACAAGAUCAAGCCAUUUGCUCUUACUAAAUUGCAAGGAUACUCUAAUCAAGCAAUCCUCUCUACUUUGGAUAAAUCUAUUGUCCCUAAACAAGAGGUUAGGUACCUUAAUCUGUACAAGGAAGACGAGGAAGAACUGACCCAUGAUAAUGCUACCAGAGUGGGUAGCAAGAGAAAUAGAACUUCCAAGGAGCAAGACAGAGUUGAGAGUGGAUCAGGUCUCAGAAAUCGGGCCUGUGGAAACCAGAUAGCAAAAGGUAAAUCAGGAUACCCGAAACUGAAGCUACGGUUAUCGAAGAAAACCAUGGGCAUUGAGUUUGUUAUACCCCAGUCCAAUUGUCCUGCUCCUUUCAAAGUGAAUGAAAGGAUAGAACUGCUCUGCCAAGAUAGUGGGAUUCGAGGCUGCUGGUUUAGAUGUAAGGUCUUGCAGGCCUCUCAUAAGCGUCUGAAAGUUCAAUAUGAAGAUGUCCAGGAUGUGGAGGUAUCUAGAAAUCUUGAGGAAUGGGUCCCUGCUUCCAGAGUGGCUGCUCCUGAUAAACUUGGCAUGAGAUGUUUAGGUCGCCAGACAAUCCGGCCACAUCCUCAAAAUCAAUCUACUGACUAUAUUUUUGAAGUUGGAGCACCAGUUGAUGCAUGGUGGGGUGAUGGAUGGUGGGAAGGUGUUGUAGUGGGAGUUGACGUCUUUGGGAGUGAUUGUCUGCAAGUUUACCUCCCUGGUGAAGGGAAGUUCCUGACUGUCCCAAUGAAGAAUGUGAGGAGUUCCAGAGAUUGGGUCGAUGACAAAUGGGUUGAUUUAAUGGCAAAGCCUGAUAUACUCCGCUGUCUAUCUGCAGAUGCCAUUUCUAGCAUCAAACUUGAGGAACCAGGGUGUGAUAGUGCUGCGUAUCUGGAGCACAAAGUUGUCAAAACUUCCAGACUUGAAGCUAUUGAAGAAGAUGAACCUUUACUUGGUUCAGUUGUGUCUGAUGACCUCAAAAAUGUAAAGGAGGUCCUUUUGAGACAGAGGCUUGAUGUAAAUGAGAAGGAUGAACUAAAAAUACAUGGAGGUGUUGAUAAUGACGGUGUUGGUGGUGAUCCUGAUGCUGAGGAGAAAGCGAACAAUGUUGCUGCUGCUGCUGAUGUUGACGAUGGCUGUGAAGGCAAAACUGGUAAUAACAGUGAGUUGCUUUUGGAGAAAGAUCUGAAAUCUCUUAACGAGAUAAGUGAAGCAGCAAAAGCUUUAGAAAUGAUCACAAGUUGCAUGAAUAGUUGA